GGAAGGGUGAGCUGGUUUCCACACUUUCUUGUGUAUCACAGAGAAUAUUGCCAGUAAAAUUCUGCUCCCAGAACUAUCUACUGGACAUGAGGAGGAGGAGGAUAUGCAAAUCGGGAGGAACCCAGCGUGGUUUUCAGUUGGCAGGAAGCAAUUCAUGAAAUUUGAGUGGGCGAACAAUGCUGCAGAUGUACUGGGCUGUGAUUUUGAGGAGCUCACCACAGCGGUCUUCAAGCACCAUCUGAAACAGAUAAUAGAACAGGUCACAUCUGGAACGAGUCGGCUGAGCAAAGACGAGGAACGAAAUGCUGGGCCCAAGAUGACGGGGGUGGAAUGUGUGGAGGGGAUGGCUGCAGGUCUCUAUGAAGAACUGUUUGCUGCUGUUGUCUCUCUGAUCAACAGGUCUUUUUCAUCCAGUCACCUCUCCAUGGCUUCCAUCAUGGUGGUGGACACCCCUGGUUUCCACAACCCUCGACACCAGAAGAAGGAGCGAGCAGCUACUUUUGAAGAACUUUGUCACAACUAUGUGCAUGAGCAGCUGCAGGCACUGUUCUACAAGAGAACGUUCAUGACCGAGCUGGAGAGGUACAGGGAGGAAAAUGUUGAGGUGCCUUUUGAUCUGCCAGAGCUCUCUCCGAUGGCCACGGUGUCUGUCAUCGAUCAGAACUCCUCACAGCUGCAGGUGCCGCCUGGAGGCCAGGCAGAAGAGCCCAAGGGCUUGCUCUGGAUUCUGGAUGAAGAGGUUCUGAUUCCGGGCUCCAGCGACAGCGCGGUGCUCAACCGCCUGUGCUCGUACUUUGCCAAGAAGGGCACAGAGAGCGAGGAGGAAGGCUUCCUUCGCAAGUGUGAGCAGAUGCUGCAGUUUGAGAUCUUCCACCAACUGGGCAAAGAUCCCGUUCGCUACGACCUCACUGGCUGGAUGAAUAAAGCCAAGCUGAACCUGUCAGCCCAAAACUCCAUUCAAGUCCUGCAGCAAUCCAAAAUAGAUGCUCUGAAGAAGCUGUUUCUGCUUCGGUCCAAAAUGCCCCUGAUUUGCCGAUCAGUGGCAGGUCUGGAGGGAAAUUCCCAGCAAGCUUUGCAGCGUACUGGUUGUGUGAGGAAGACCUUCACCAGCAGCUUGGCAGCUGUGAAGAAGAAAUCUGUGUGCGCUCAGAUCAAACUUCAGAUGGAUGCUCUCACAAAUCUGGUCAAACGAUCCCAGAUACACUUUGUCCAUUGUCUUGUUCCAAGAGUGGGAGCAGAUGGCGCAGAAGGGAAGCCCUCUCAGCCCGGCAUCACAGGAGAAGUAGAGCUGACUUUGGACGUACCAACCCUGAGAGUUCAGUUGUCUGGGGCCCAGCUAUUAGAUGCAUUACGCUUGUACAGGAUCGGUUACGUGGAUCGCAUGGUGCUGACUCAGUUCCGCCGCCGCUUCCAGGUGCUGGCUCAGCCAGUGAUGAAGAAAUACACAUCAGCAUAUGAAAUACCAGAUGAGAAUAAGGCAAUAGAAGAGCUCUUCCAGGUACUUGAUCUGGAAAAGAAAAGUGUAGCAGUGGGACACAGUCAGGUUUUCCUGAAGCCGGGCGUAGUCUCCAGGCUGGAGAAGCAGCGGGAGAAGCUGAUAUCCCAGAACAUGAUUCUGCUCCAGGCAGCUUGCAAGGGCUUCCUCUCCCGCCAGAAAUUCAAGAGAUUAAAGAUUCAGCGCUUAGCCAUUCGGUGCAUCCAGAAGAAUCUGGCGGUGUUCCACGUGGUGAAGGACUGGCCAUGGUGGCAGCUGAUGAGCUGUGUUCGGCCAUUGCUUAGUGUGAACAUAGUGGAAGACCAGCUCCAGGUCAAAGACGAGGAGCUUGCAGCACUAAGAAGAAAGCUCGAAAAAUCAGAGCAGUCACGUAGUGAACUUCGGCAGAACACAGAACUGUUGGAAAGCAAGAUCUUAGACUUGACGACCGAACUCUCGGACGAGCGGUUCAAAGGCGAAGCGGCCUGCCAGGUCCUAGAAGGUGAACGGGCCGAGCGGCUCCGGGGGGCACGAGAGAUAAAAGAACUGCAGAGUAAAUACGACCAAGUGCAGAAGAAAUUGGAGUCCGUGGAAAAGCAGCUGGAAGAAGCUCAGCAGCAAAUUCAGUUGCGUGAAAUUGGGAUAAGUGGCGCUGCUGGAGACGAGGAGUGGCAGAUGCGAUUUGACUGUGCCCAGACGGAAAUCACGUUUCUCAGAAAACGCCUUGCACAGCUUGAAGAGAGGCUGGAAUCUGACCUGAACUGUAGGAAAGAGCUGGAGCAAAAGCUCAGUGAGUUGCAGAGCACCUACGAGGGUGCCAAGAAGGUGGCACAGCAGAUGAAGAGGAAGUGCAAACACUUGGCCUGUGAUCUGGAGGACACACGGGUCCUGAUGGAAAGUCUGCAGAGCCGCAAUCAUGAACUGGAGAAGAAACAGAAAAAGUUUGACAUGCAGCUAGCCCAGGCCUUGGGAGAGUCGGUGUUUGAAAAGAGCCUUCGUGAAAAAGUGACCCAGGAGAACACCACCAUCAGAUGGGAGCUGGGUAAACUUCAGCAGAGGUUAGAGCAAAAGGACCUGGAAACUUCUAAUCUGAAUCAGCGAAUUGCAGUGCUGGCCACCCGAGUGCAGGAGCUCACCUCACCGGAGGCCUGGGACGAGGAUACUGUGGCUACCCUAAGGAAGAAGCUUUGGGAGCUUGAGUUCAGUGCAGCUGAACAGCAAAAAGAACUGAGCCGACAUGCAAAUGCUGUUGAGCAGCUGGAACAGCUCCACAUGCGGCUGGAAAUGGAAAUAGAACGAAUGAAGCAGAUGCACCAGAAGGAGCUGGAAGACAAGGAAGAGGAGCUAGAGGAUGUUCGCCAGUCCUGUCAGAGGAGGCUUCGUCAGCUGGAGAUGCAGUUGGAGCAGGAAUUUGAGGAGAAGCAGAUGGUGCUCCACGAGAAGCAGGAUCUGGAAGGGCUCAUUGGGACCCUCUGUGAGCAGAUUGGUCAUCGGGACUUCGACGUAGAGAAGCGGCUUCGGCGGGACCUGAAGAGGACACACGCUCUGCUCGCAGAUGUGCAGCUCCUGCUGGUGACGACGGGAGAGCCCAGUCCGUCUGUCAGCAGAGAGGAGCUUGAGAAAGUUUGCAGUCAGUGGGAAGAAAGCAGAGCCCAAUGUGCAGAGGCCCAGAAUUCCCAGAAGGCUCUGGCUCUGGAGCUGGAGAACCUGCACGUGGAGCUGGAGACGAUCAGCAGGAACAAGAACCUGGUUGAUGAGCACCUAUAUCAGCUGCAGCACGAGAAAGCUGAUCUCCUGAAACGCAUUGAUGAGGACCAGGAGGAUCUGAACGAACUUAUGACAAAGCACAAGGCUCUGAUUGCACAGUCUGCAGUGGACAUUACUCAGAUUCGAGAGCUACAGACGCAGCUGGAGGACGUGAAGAAAGAGAAACAAAGUCUUCAAGAGAAACUGCAGGCGGCUCAGGCCCGGAUUGCGUACGUGGAGCAGUCGAUGGUCGAACGCUCCAUCGUCAGUCGACAGGAAGCGCUGAUCUGCGAUCUGGAGAACAAGCUGGGGUUUCAGAGUGUGCAGAUCAAGCGGUUCGAGAUGCUUGUCCUUCGGUUGCGAGACAGUGUAAUAAAGAUGGGUGAGGAGUUGGAGAAGGCCGCAGAGUCGGAGGCUCGAGAGAAGGAGAACACCAAGUAUUACCAGAUGCGCAUGGAGGAGAUGAAAGCAGACAUGAAUGAGCUGGUGCAGAGAGAGCUGGAAGCCAGUCGCAGGCGUAUGGAGCUGGAGAAGCAGGUAGAUGAGCUGUUUGCAGUGAGGCAGACCUUGCAAGCUGACCUGGAAACCUCGAUCAGACGCAUUGCGGAUCUGCAGGUCGCCCUCGAAGAGGUGCAAUCCAGUGAUGAAAGUGAUACAGAAAGUGUCCAGACGGCCCUGGAAUCUGCCUGUUUAAGAAGAGAUAUGGACAAUCAGUCUAGUUUAGGCUCCACUCUAAGUCUGGAGCCAGAAGAAAGCAUCAAAUCCUGGAUGGGGUCUUCAGUGGGCUGGUCAUCACCUUCAGGUCCCAGCGUAGCUGGAAGUCUCUCAAGGCAAUCCCUGGGCAGCCGCAGCACCCUGAGGCUUAGGAUGAACAAAGAAAUCAAAGAUCAAGAAAUGAACCAACCAGCUUCUGCACUGAGUGCUUGGAGAGGGGAAUAUGGAAGAACUAUGGGUGAGACAGAUUUUGGCAAGGAUGUGAGCCAUUUAGCUGGCGCUCAAAGAUGGGAAUUAGGAAGAAUUGCGGAUAAGGAGAUUGACAGUCAGAAAAAAGCCAUGGAUAAAUUAGGAGCUAUAUCUCCAUCUGUGAUGAGAAGGAGGUCAUCUCCUACAGCAGAAGAGACAUUUCCAAGCUCUUCAUCUGCACUUUCUGAAUAUGUAGAAGAGCUGAGGAGGAAACGGGCAACAGAGAAAGAGCAGAGAACAUUAGGAUUAGAGGACACCUCUCCCCUGCCAAUCUACCAAACAACUGGUGCCUCCUCCCUGAGAAGAUGCAGGACUUUCAAAGAGGAUGAUGAGUUUCCAAUAAAGUUUGGAGUCAAUGAAAGUACAGAAAGUGAAGGAGUGCCUGCAGGAGCUAGCCUAGUGCGUUCAUCCAGUUUAAAAUGCAUAUCAUCUGAGAACACAGAGCCAGCGCGCUCACCAGCUCUCAAAAGAAUAUCAAAGUUUGGCUCCUGUGACUCACUCUUACAAAAUAUUGAUAAUUCCUCCUUAAAGCUGAGUUCAGCAGCUGUGGGAGCAGAUACGUUCAAUACAUCGAGACUUAAGCCAUGGAGAAGUUACCUUGAGCCAUCACUAGAUGACACAGCCAGCGCUGAUCUGGGGAAAGAUUCUCUGGUAUUUCAGAGUAAGAAAUUCAGUGAUGUUAUGGCUGAAGGAAAGGAAAGCGACCCGUUCACUUGGAAAAUACCAACUCUUAACUAUGAAAGGAGAACAAAUGUUGAUUUUGAUUACUUCCUUCCAGCAAUUCGCAAAUCCCAGUCAACAAGCAGUUUGUCCAGACCUGUCAAGGACAGGAGAGAAGGCCAGAGGCCAAUGAGCGUUCAUUUUGAAGACCAGGAUACGGCAGACAGCACUUUUUUGUCUGAAAUAAAGACCAUUUCAGAGGCCAAAGAGAACGCUGGAAACCUCUCCGACUCAUCUUCAUCCUCUGGCUCGAUCGUUUCGUUUAAAAGUGCUGACAGCGUCAAGAGCCGACCAAAGAUUCAAAGACCAGAAGGUGAAGGAUGCGCCGGAAAACUAAUCAUUGAAGGUGCUAAAGAUGAAAGACGAUGGGAGGCAGAAGGGAAAGAAGACGAUGUCAAUAGCAUUAUGAUGAAAUAUCUAGGAAAAGAUUAAGUGAGAACAGGCAGCUGAAAACAAAAUGCAUGUAUUGAAAAGUUCACCACUACGUAAGUGCAGCCCACUGCCGCGGGGAGGUUUAGGAGACAUCUCUCAAUGUAUGCACACUCCCUAGAGUCAUCUGCACUUAAGUCUUAAUAAACAAAGUUCUUGGC